AUGGCGGAUAUCCACGGCGGUCGAGUGCUCGCAGGUGAAGACAGCGAAGAGGACGACGAAGAUGAGGAAGAAAUGAGUUUCCAGUUCAACGGCUUCGGCUCACAGUCGGCGUCGGCGCCUCGCUUUGCUGUUCCCACGGUCGUAGCACCAUCAGUAGGUGCUGAAGGCGAGGAGGACGAAGAGAGUGACGAAGAAAACGGUGAUGCGGAAUUUAUGGUGACAGAAGUAGAGAAGGAGGAGAAAGGGGAAGAGCUAGACAAAAAUCACGAGAAGGAAAAGCAGGUCAACAACGAGGAGGUGGAGACCUCAAAGACUAAACAGACAACUGAGGAAGAUACAGAAACGACAGUGGAGAAGCAGGAGCUGUGGAAAGUGGAUGAAUCAAUAAACGGCAUUGAGGUCAUGGGCAACGCCUUCGUUGGCACGGUGCAGCCCUCGCUGGACGCGACGAUCCACCGGAUAGCCGAGUUGAAGGAGAGUCAGCGGCGACUGCUAAAGAUGUUGGUGGAACAGAACGCUGGGCUUCAGUCGAACAAGCAGCUAGAGGAUGCGGCGGUGGUGCUGGAGAAGCUGCCGUUCUACGCGAAGAAGUUGCAAGGGAUUAAGCUGGCGAUGCAAGAGAUCUCGGCUUGUACAGAGAAAAUGAAGCGACGUGCUGAUAGUCUUCGCAUCGAUGCGCAAUCCUAUGCGAUUAAGAAAGAGAAUAAGCGAGACGUGCAGUCGCAGUGGAACAAAUUGUAUGCUGCCAAGAACGCUCCAAGCUCCGGGGCGUCUUCCAGUCAGUCUUAA